CUUUACGUAGGUCUAGGUCGGGCGAUAAUUCAAGAUGGCGUCCCCCACUAAGAAUGGAAAUCCACCGGCACAAAUUCCAAAAUCGAUUAAAUUCUUGUUCGGUGGAACAGCUGGGAUGGCUGCAACAUUGUUUGUCCAGCCCCUAGAUCUGGUCAAGAACAGGAUGCAGCUCAGUGGUGAGGGAGGAGCCAAGAGGCAGUACAAGACCAGCUUCCAUGCUCUACGCUCAAUUAUUGCCAAUGAAGGAUUGUUUGCUGUCUACACCGGGUUAUCAGCUGGUUUGUUCCGCCAAGCCACAUACACCACUACACGGCUAGGAAUCUACACAUCACUGUUUGAAUAUGCUACCAGAGAUGGUAAGAACCCAAGCUUUACCAUGAAAGCUCUGAUUGGUUGUACAGCCGGUGGUAUUGGGGCCUUUGUGGGGACGCCAGCUGAAAUCUCCCUCAUCAGAAUGACAGCUGAUGGAAGAGUGCCGCUGGCGGAGAGGAGAGGGUACAAGAAUGUGUUUAAUGCCAUCUACAGGAUAUCUAAUGAAGAGGGGGUGGCCACUUUGUGGAGGGGCUGUUGGCCCACUGUAGCCCGUGCCAUGGUUGUGAAUGCGGCACAGCUGGCCUCCUACUCACAGGCGAAAGAGAUACUGAAAAACACAGGGUAUUUUGCUGAGGGUUUGUUUCUGCAUUUCUGUGCCAGUAUGGUCAGUGGCCUGAUAACCACCUUCUUCUCCAUGCCUGUAGACAUUGCCAAGACCAGAGUACAGAACAUGAAGGUUAUUGAUGGGAAACCAGAGUACAAGGGAGCUAUUGAUGUAGUUGUGAAGGUGAUGAGAAACGAGGGAAUGUUUUCACUGUGGAAGGGAUUUACCCCGUACUACGCCCGGCUUGGACCACAUACUGUGCUGACAUUCAUAUUUCUGGAACAGAUGAAUAAAAAUUACAAGAAACUUGUACUUCAUGAUGAAUCAAGUGGUGGCGGUGGUUUAUAAUGAAAUUGUUUGGUAGCGAGAUAAACCUUGUUUUUUUACCGUUUAUAAAUAUUUGGUAAGCAGACUUUAUGUUUGAAGGCUUUUACAAACUUUAUAAUAAUUGUUUUUGUUGAAAUUCAAAUUUGAUAAUGGUUUUUAGAUUGAAAUGGUUUGUACUUGAUUAAAAUAGAUACUGUCUACUCUCUAAUUACAUCAUUGUCUGGGAAAAGCGGAAUCUUGGGAAAGAGAAUCAUAAUAUGGUUUAAUACCUGGAAAAGGUUUGUGACCUAUUAUUUGUGUCGUUGCUUUGUGACCUAAUAUUUGUGUCAUUUGUUUUGAAAUUAAGUGAUCUUUUUUGAGUGUUUUCCUUGUUUUUAGACUAUGCAUUAACUCCUAUAUUAAAACAGUAACAAUAAGCAAAGCUUGUGCAUUCAGUAACAAACUGUGGAUAAUUACAAUGCUCAUCACUUAAACCACACACUAGUUAUUGUACAUGGCCCUUUACAACAUGGUACAAAACGGUUUACCCACAACCCUUACAAUUGAAAUUAUACACUCGAGCUGAAGGGCUUGAGUUAUCUUUUAAUAACUUUGAUUGGGGACGCAGUGACUAUACUUAAAUGUUAUGUAGUAAGUUUUGUUUUAAGUAAUUAAUAUUGUUAUGAUAUAUGUUUUGUUUUAAGUAGUAUGUUGGUACUUUUUAGCUCACCAAAGCACGAAGUGCUCAUGGUGAGCUUUUGUGAUCGGUCUUUGUCUGUCGUCCGUCCGUCAGUCUGCACACAAGAAUGGGUAUAUAUUGGGUACUUAUUCCUUCAUUCCUCACAGAAGAUAAAUUUGUUAGGUAGCACUUGUUGGUUAGGGUUAGUAGGGUAUUAGUGGAUAUAUUUUUUAUAAUGGGAGUAAUGGGAAAGUAUCUAACAAAGGUUGAUAUGUGAGAGUGUCCGUCCGUCUGUCAGUCCAUCUGUCAACAAUUGCUUAAAAAACAUCUCCUCUGAAACUACAUGGCCAAAUUUGAUGAAACUUCACAAGAAGCUUCCUUGGGUGCCCCUCUGCAAAAAUACAACAAGGGGUCAUGAUUGAUUAACAACAACAACAACAACAACAACAAAAUGGCCAACUUCCUGUUUUGCUUUAAAAAACAUCUCUUCUGAAACUACCAGUUCAAAUUCAAUUAAACUUUACAGGAAGCUUCCUUGGGUGACCCUCUACAAAUACAUGUAUACAACAAGGGGUCACAAUGGAUUAACAACAACAUAAUGGCCAACUUCCUGUUUUGCUUUAAAAAACAUCUCCCCUGAAACUACCAGUCCGAAUUCAAUAAAACUUUACAGGAACAUUCCUUGGGUGACCCUCUACAAAAAAAAGGGGUCACGAUUCAUCAACAACAACAACACAACAACAAAAUGGCCGACUUCCUGUUUUGCUUUAAAAACAUCUCCUCUGAAACUAGCACUCCAAAUUCAAUGAAACUUUACAGGAGGCUUCCUUGGGUGACCCUCUACAAAAAUACAACAAGGGGUCACGAUUGAUCAACAACAACAACAACAAAAUGGCCGACUUCCUGUUUUGCUUUAGAAAACUUCUCCUCUGAAACUACAUGUACCUGUCCAAAUUCAAUGAAACUUCACAGGAACCUUCCUUGGGUGACCCUCUACAAAAAUACAUCAAGGGUCACGAUUGCUCAGCAACAACAACAACAUCAGCAACAACAACAAAAUGGCUGACUUCCUGUUUUGCUUUAAGAAAACAUCUCCUCUGAAACUACCACUCCAAAUUCAAUGAAACUUUACAGGAAGCUUCCUUGGGUGACCCUCUACAAAAAUACAACAAGGGGUCACGAUUGAUCAACAACAACAACAACAACAACAAAAUGGCCAACUUCCUGUUUUGCUUUAAAAAAAACAUCUCUAAAACUACCAGUCCAAAUUCAAUGAAACUUUACAGGAAGCUUCCUUGGGUAACCUACAAAAAUAAAAAGGUUUGCGAUUGAUCAACAAUAACAACAACAAUCUGGCCAACUUCCUGUUUUGCUUUAAAAAACAUCUCCUUUGAAACUACCAGGCCAAAUUCACUGAAACUUUACAGGAAGCUUCAAUGCAUGACCCUCUACAAAAAAAAACAACAAGGCAUUGAGAUUUAUCAACAACAACAACAAUAAAAUGGCCGACUUACUGUUUUGCGUUAAAAACAUCUCCUCUGAAACUACCAGGCCAAAUUCAAUGAAACUUUACAGGUAGCUUCAUUGCAUGACCCUUUACAAAUAUAAAACAAGGCAUCGUCAUCAGUGAAGAUAUGUUUAAAUUGCAACAUUUUAAUUAAUGCUUUAUCAAUUGUGGCACUUUGCUUAGUUUUAGGGCAUCAUGGCCCUCUUGUUUGUAUUGUUCUUUGAUAACAUUGUGUUACUCCAUCAUUAUCUUUUACUUUUAUGAUUAAUUUAAUAAGCCUGUCCUUUGACCACAUGCAUGUGUCCCUGCUGUGAUAAGUGUUAACAAGGAGCUUUUAUACAGGAAAGGCAAAAAUCUACCAAAAUAUAAACUGUAAUAAUGUUCUAUUCAAUUAAAAUUAAGAUACUAAUUUUCUCGUUAUAGGUGGUUUGGAUAAUGUGGGAUUAAAAUAAUAUUUUAUUCUCAGAACUCUUGAAUCUCAUUUUUACGACAUGUUGGUUAAUGAAAAAAUGGUUAAUUAUAUAAUCAGGUUAACUUGCAUCCAUAUUGAUGGUUUAUAAAUUGUAUUUAUGUUACAUGUAUGAAUAAUGUAAAAGAUGUGUUACCUAGUGUUUGAAAAUCAGACUCAAUUUGCUAUCGAUAAUCAAAUCGAAUCGAACCAAGCAUUUCGAUUUACUAUUGGACAAUAAUUGAACGUUCAUAAUAUCAGUAAGGAAUACAUUCUUUAUAUAUAGUAUCAUCAUGAUCAUUUAAAUGGUUAAACCUGGAAUCAGUACGUGUAAUGCUAUGGUCAUGCAUUUUGCAAUAGAAAGUAAAUUUCCAUAAUCUACUUCUGCCUUUAAUAACUUAACGAAAUACAUAAGAACACAACACAUAAAUAAUAAUUGCACAUCAAUUGCAAAAUGAUGCACACCACAUCAUGUAAGGUAUGUUAGCAUUUCAUCUAUGUUAAAGCAUAUUAAAUAUUUGUGAACCAGCUUAACAUUCAAUAACCUGUUAUAUUAAACAUUUCAUUAGAAUAACUUAAAUUCAUAAAAACUUUCACAAAAAACGUAAAUUAGUAAAUUACAAACGAUACCAAAAAAGGUUUCAAAAACAGAAUGCACACAUCCGGGAUCCCCGGUAUUUUCAGGUAAGACCUGACCCACUACACCACAGAGACAGGUUAUUGAAGGUUUUAUGAAAUAUAUAAACAAUUAAAAACAAUUUGUUAUUUUGGGAGAGUUUGUAACGAGACCGGAAAGAAAAAAUUGACAUUUACUCGACUUUUACCACAAAACAAAAAUUUACGUAGUUACCGGAAGUAACAUAAGCAACAUCGAUUUUGGACACCCACUAUCGAUUGUCCGCGACGAUUUAUCGAUUGUACUCGAUAAUCGUUUCAUCAUUUGUGUUACCCUAUUCUUGUCUAAUAAAUCAUGGAAUGCAAUUCCAAUGUGAGUGAGUGUAUUUUAAACAUUGGAACGACAAACCAAGUUAUACUCAAUAACAAACAGCAUAUCAAUUAAAAUAGUUAUACCGCAUAUUUGUUCAGCGUAUCAAAAUGAAAUAAAAAAGCAGGACUAUUUAUAUCUGUUAAAGUGUAAGGGCACAUUGUGUCAGGUUAGGCCAUCACACAAUAAGGCUAUCUUAACCCAUAUUAACCUAAAUCCAAUUUUAGCCCUUGAUUGCCUUUUUUUCUCGAUUGUUUUUUUACAUGCUCAUUAAUGCAUUCAUUUCUAAGACAAAGCCGUGAAUAGUCAAGCGUACUGUCCUACGACAUCUCUUGUUAACGGUGAUAUCACCCCUGGAGGUAAGAUGACUUCAUUAAAACGUCAAGUUUUACUAUUAUGAUUUAAACAAAAUAUUAACUACUUUAUUCAAAUAAAAAAACAUGAGAAAUAAAUAAAUGACUUGCUGGAAUAUUAAGCAAUUCUGGUUUCAAAUUUUUUAAAUUGUUUACAAACAUUCAGAGUGAUAUUUUUAUAUACACAUGCCACUAUGUGUAAUACACACAAAUAUGUCAUGGUUAUAUUAAACCAGAUAUUAGGUUUAGCAUGUGAUAAAAUAAUUUACAGGAUAGGUUAAUAUUGUCUAUCCUAAAACAUGGACAUAUUUCUUGAUAGUUUAAUUAAACAAAGCUGAUGUAUAGUAUGAGUCUGUAUGCAUACACUAUAAGGUAUUCUUCUAUUGAUACAGUCUUGUAUUGAUAAUUGGUAAUUGUAAAUCUUGAGAAUGUAUAUUUAGAUAUUCUUUGCUGCUGGGUGGUGCAGUAAUGGUUUCAUUAUUACAGAGAAUUUUGUCUAAAAAAUGAAAUGCUUGACUUAUUCAUUAUUUCAAUGUUUUGUUUAUUGAUUUGCCAUAUUGUAUAGUUAUGCUAGAAGACUCAAAGAAUUUGUAAUAGAACUGUAUCAAAUAAUCCUAUGCAGUUUUUGCAGUCUUGUGUCCAUUCGGAAAAAGUUCUGUAUUUCAUAUGAAUAUUAAUUUCAAGACAAAACUGUUUUUAUUUGUUGAAAUAAACUUAUUGCAGAAUAUGGAUAUAUGUAGGUUGUACCAUAGAUACAGGUUGAACCAUGUAAACAUUGUCUCAACCUUGUUGUUGGAUGAAUUGUUAAAAAUCAGUGCUUCAUAAUAUUAGUGCCCUAAUAAAAUCAAUCCAAAUU